AUGGCAUCGUUCGAUCUUGACAGCUUCUUGUUAAAUCCGUCACUUGACCAAAUUAAUAAGUGCAGAAAGGAUAAUUUGGUCGAGAUAGCUGUGCACUUCAAUGUCCUGUUUGCCAAAUCAAUCCUGAAAAAAGAAUUAAAAUCUCUAGUCAUAGGUAAGUUGGUGGAAUUAGGUAUAAUUGUUUUGCCGGUGCUCCCUGAGUCACCUGUGUGCGCACCUGGCUCUGAGACUGCGGCUGAUUACACUGCACAAAGGGAGUUCAGUAAAGUGUCUGCUCAGCCCAAAACUCCCUUUACCUUGCCUCGCUAUGAUCCUCCUUUCUCAGGCAGCACUGAUUCUCUGGGUGAGGCCAGACUGAAAGUCAGGCUGGCACGAAUCCAGAUGGAGGCUCAGGAGAGAGCCGAGAACCGGCAAGCAAAGCUGAGGCUUGAGAUCCGGAAAAUGGAGAUCGAGGCUGAUAAAGCAGUCAGACUACGUCAGCUGGAGCUAGAAGCUCAGCUGAAAGCAACCCCGGCACUGGAUGCAUCUGCAGAUGCAAUAAUGUCACCUCCUUCCACCAGCUCUACCCGAGAGUCCUUUGACAUCGGUAAGCAUAUUUCUCUUGUUCCACCAUUCAGAGACUCUGAAGUUGACAGUUAUUUUCCGGCAUUUGAGCGCAUUGCGACUGCACUUCAGUGGCCUUAUGAAGAGUGGCCACUACUUCUCCAAUGUAAGAUCCAUGGUAAAGCACAAGAAGCUGUAGCUGCUCUACCUUUAGCGGAGAGCUUGAACUAUGAAAAGGUAAAGAUGUCUAUUUCACGUGCCUAUGAAUUAGUCCCUGAAGCUUACAGGCAAAAAUUUCGGAACCACACAAGGGGCCCUGAACAGACGUAUGUGGAGUUCGCAAGGGAAAAGGGAACUCUUUUUGAUAAAUGGUGUAACGCUAGUAAAGCUGCUGAUUUCAGUUCACUCCGUGAACUAAUUCUUCUGGAAGAAUUUAAGAAAUGUCUACCAGAGCGCAUUGUUGUGUACCUAAAUGAACAGAAAGUUUCAUCUCUCUCUGCAGCCUCUGUACUGGCUGAUGAAUUUGUGCUAACCCACAAACCUGUGUUUCUGUCUACUUACGAAAAGCCUCGUGCUCCGGCACCACAGAGUGGACAAGCCAGAGUGUUCCACAGAAGGGAUGAAAAAAGCUGUAACUAUUGUCAUAAAUCUGGACACCUCAUUGCAAACUGUCCCUCCUUAAACAGGAAAAAACAGAAUGGCAACGGAUCGCCCCCUAAAGGCGUUGGGCUCAUUAAAUCUGAGAAACGUGUAGAAUCUAAUGCUGUUUCUUCUGUUUGCCCAGAUCCAUGUUUUGAGCCGUUCAUAUUCGACGGGUAUGUAUCUCUGACAGGUGAGACUGCUGAUCAGUGCCCAGUACGCAUUUUGAGGGACACCGGUGGCUCUCAAUCUGUUAUACUGGCUAGUGCAUUGCCAUUUUCGGAAAAGUCUUUUUGUGGUUAUACUGUUGCCUUGCAAGGUAUUGAGAUGGGUUAUGUCCCACAACCGGUGCAUACAGUCCACAUUAAGUCCUGGUUGAUAAGUGGGGUUUUUCCUGUGGCUGUCAUUCCCGCUCUGCCUAUAAAAGGAGUAGUUCUCCUCAUGUGCAACGACAUCGCGGGUGGCCAGGUAACCCCUGCACUAGAGGUGUCUGACUCUCCGCAGAGCCCUGAUAUAGAAAAUGAAACAGAAACUGCUCAGAAACUGUUUCCAUCUUGUGCUGUAACUCGUGCGCAAUCUCGUAAAUUGGACGAAUUCUCACUGUCGGAUACUGUGCUAAUGUCUGCUUUUUCAGAUGUGGAAGUUGUGAAGGAGAAAGCUCCCACAUCUCUGCUGUCAGAAAGUGCCGAGCCCGUGGGUUCUGCGAAUCUGAGUUUGGCGCCGUCGGACAGUCCGACGCUGCCGGUGGGCAGUGAACGUCUCGCCGCUGCGCAGAGGGCUGACCCGACUCUGGCACGUUGCUUCAAAAGUGUGGUGAGUGCCGACAAAGCAAGUGGUGAAACAGUAUCUUACCUAAUGAAUAAAGACAUCCUGGUGCGUAAAUGGACUCCUGCAGUGUCUGAUUGCGAAUAUAGUGCUUUACAAGUUGUAGUGCCUUUUGUAUACCGGCAGCAUGUAUUGUCAGUUGCCCACGAGAGCAAAUGGUCAGGUCAUUUGGGGGUGAAUAAGACCUACAACCUCAUCCUCAAGCAUUUCUUCUGGCCUGGGUUAAAAUCUGAUGUAGCCAAAUUCUGUCGCUCUUGUCAUGUGUGUCAACUAGCGGGUAAACCAAACCAAACCAUCCCACCUGCUCCACUCCAUCCUAUUCCUACCAUAGGUGAGCCCUUUGAGCGUGUAAUCUUAGACUGUGUAGGCCCAUUGCCCCGCUCUAAAACAGGUAAUCAGUACCUACUCACCAUUAUGUGUGCUGCCACCCGCUAUCCGGAAGCCGUCCCGCUGCGUAAAAUUACGUCCAGCUCUGUUGUCAAAGCCCUGACAAAGUUUUUCUCCACGUUUGGCCUCCCUCGUGUUAUCCAGACCGAUCAAGGUACAAACUUUCAGUCUCGGUUGUUCAAACAAGUCCUUAAAACGCUCAAUGUCCAACACUCCGUGUCCAGCGCGUAUCAUCCUGAAUCCCAGGGAGCGUUAGAACGUUGGCAUCAGACAUUAAAAUCCAUGCUGCGUAAAUACUCCCUAGAGACAGGUAAAAGUUGGGAUGAAGGGGUUCCUUUCGUGUUGUUCGCCGCUCGUGACGCUGUCCAGGCAUCCUUAGGGUUUAGCCCCGCAGAGCUCGUAUUUGGCCACACACUCCGCGGUCCGCUUAAAUCUCUGCAAGAAAAAUUCCUGUCCUCUGAAGUCUCACGUGAAGAGAACGUACUUGAUUUUAUGAGUAAAUUCCGCGAGCGUUUACACCGUGCAAACUCGCUCGCUAAAGAGUGUCUUUUGUCCUCCCAGACUGUGAUGAAGCGUCGUUAUGACCGAUCUGCCGUCCCACGCCGAUUUGAUGUUGGUGACAAAGUGCUGGCCUUGCUGCCGAUCCCUGGUUCUUCUCUCUCUGCUAAAUUUACCGGUCCCUAUGAGGUCCGUGAAUGCCUCAGUGACCUCAACUAUGUUAUUGCUACACCGGAGAGAAGGCGUAAAAGUCGUGUUUGUCACAUAAACAUGCUCAAACCUUACGUCACACGCGAACCGAACCCAGCUGUCGCUCCACCAGUGGUUCCCCCAAAAGCUAAUACUAUCGCUGUCAAUGCUCUGAUUGUCACUGAGUCUCCUACCAUUGCUGAUGAGGAUGAUUUACAGACGUGUACCUCAUCGCAUCAAACCGCGCGACUGCCGAAUUCGGAGUCACUGAAAACAUUGUCGUCCCAGCUAAGUCAUUUGACCCGCGCGCAACAAAGUGACCUAAUUGCUUUGAUCGAUAAUUUUAAGUGUCUUUUCGGCGACGUUCCAACUCGCACUACUGUUCUGCAACAUGACAUAGAUGUCAACGGAGCAAAGCCCAUCCGACAGCAUCCAUACAGACUCAACCCCGUGAAGCGCCAGCUCAUGAAAAAAGAAACAGAUUAUUUGUUAAAACACGGUUUGGCUGUGCCAAGCUCCAGCGCUUGGAGCUCUCCAUGUUUGUUGGAGAAAAAAUCAGACGGUACCCCUCGUUUUAUCACAGAUCUGCGAAAGGUAAAUUCAGUAACUGUCAAAGACUCGUAUCCUCUUCCUAGAAUGGAAGAUUGUGUCGACACGCUUGGCAGCGCUAAGUACGUCAGCAAGCUGGACCUAUUGAAAGGGUACUGGCAAGUCCCGUUAACGGAGCGCGCAUCUGAGAUCUCCGCGUUUGUGACUCCUGACUGUUUCUUGCAGUACACCGUCAUGGCGUUUGGCAUGUGUAACGCCCCGGCCACCUUCCAGCGGCUCGUUAAUACCGUCUUGGCCGGGCUGCCAAACUGUAACGCGUACUUGGAUGACUUAAUUGUUUACACAGUGACGUGGCAGGAGCACCUCCGCAUCCUCGAACAGGUGUUCACUCGUCUUGCGCACGCGACCCUAACGCUAAAUCUCGCCAAGUGUGAUUUCGGUAAGGCCACCGUCACCUAUUUAGGACGACAGGUUGGGCAGGGUCAAGUUAAGCCUCUCGACGCCAAGGUAACUGCCAUAGCCGAGUUUCCGGUCCCAACCACCCGCAAGGCGCUCCGUCGUUUUCUGGGCAUAGCGGGUUACUACCGUAGCUUCUGCCGCAACUUCUCCUCCGUUGUUCAGCCGUUGACUUCUCUAACUAAUCCCAAAGUCGAAUUUGAUUGGUCCCCUGCCUGUCAGCAUGCGUUUGACAGCGCAAAGUCCCUCCUUAGCCACGCCCCUGUCCUUGCAGCUCCUGACUUCUCCCAGCCGUUCAAACUUGAGGUAGAUGCCUCUGCAGUAGGUGUCGGGGCUGUCCUGUUGCAGGAGGAUAGUGAUGGAGUUGACCAUCCAGUAGGAUAUUUUUCCCGCAAAUUUAACAAGCAUCAGGUGAACUACUCAAUCAUAGAAAAAGAAACCCUUGCUUUGUUAUGGUCACUUCAACACUUUGAAGUAUACGUAGGUUCCAGCCCUCUGCCAGUGGUGGUCUUCACUGACCACAACCCACUCGUCUUUCUGCAUCGUAUGUAUAACCACAACCAAAGGCUUAUGCGGUGGGCACUGGUCAUGCAGGAUUACAAUGUGGAGAUCCAGCACAAAAAGGGGUCUGACAAUGUUGUAGCAGAUGCGUUGUCCAGAAUGUAA